AUGAAAAGUCAUUAAAAUAUGCAGUAGUAGAAAGCAACUUAGAUCUGUCUAGAUAUUCUUAACAGUAGAACUAUGAAAGCUACACUUACAUUCAAACAAUUUCUAACAGAUCAUUAGCAAGUCAUUAAAAAGCAGGAAGCAAAAAAAGAGAAAUUAAUAGGAAAAGGAAUAAAAAGCAGAGGUGGUUAUAGUGGUGGGGCAUCUAAAAUGAAGAUCUUGCCUCAUCAUUACUAAGGAGAAGAUAGAUAUUCCUCAACUGCCUCAUCAAGCAUGUAAAGUAAUAGUGGAGAUACUUUAAUAAUGAUGGGUCAAGAUAAUUCAUUGCAGCAUAGAGCAACAAGCAUAUAAACUAUUGAGAAGACUCUAUAUGAUAUCUCCACACUGUUCAAAAGAUUUGCAAAUAUAGUUUAAGAACAACAAGUUCUUGUAGAUAGAAUCGACUAAAACACUGAAUAAGCUUUGUAUGAUCUUGAGGGAGCUAGGAAAGAGUUGAGAGAUGUGUAUGAAGACACCAAAAGCACCAGAAAACUGAUACUUAAGAUAUUCUUCAUUUUGAUGCUUUUCUCAACUUUCUACAUUUUAUUUGUACUUUGA